AUGUGGAGCACUAAGGACAAACCUGAACUUCUAGAUGUAACGAAACAGUCAUCUCUCACCAAUUCACAAUACAACCCCAAACACACUACCAAAAUCAUCAUCCACGGAUUUGGAGGAGGCCGCAACUACUCACCUAGUACGGACCUUCGCGCAGGAAUGCGCUUAAAGCACCGACAGCCGCAGGCGCGCGUGCCCAUGAACCGGCCAGUGUACGAAAUUACUGGUCGUUGGCACAAGAGUAGCAAGCAUAGAGUGCUCAUGGCGACUUGCCCCUCCUAG